CUCUGAGACACCGGAAGUAAUCGUCGCUUUUGGUGACGCUGCAUUAGACCUCAAGACAUGGACCGGUCUAGGCUGUUCGGGUUGUUCCUUCUCAGCCUGGCUCUUUCCGGAGCUCAGGCGCUCACACCGUCACAUUACCUCUCCCUGUCUGAUGUGGCCCGACUGCAGAACCUCCUGAGCCAGCAGUUCACUGACCUGGAGUCCGCAUACUACUCAGUUGUGGGUCUGACCAAGCUGGGAGCGACAGUUCCCGAUCACGAAGAUGUGUGCCAGUUUGUGAAAUCUCAGCUUGAUUCCACUAGUGUUGAUUCACUCUUCUUUGCUGCUGAGAUCAGUCGUGCCAUUUCAGGAUGUGAGAUCCCUGUAUCCAACGAAACCCGCGACCUCCUCCUGGCUGCAGUCAGUGAAGAUUCGACCAUGACUCAGAUUCAUCGGGCUGUGAGUGCUCUCAGCUCUCUUGGGCUUCCUCUUGCUUCCCAGGAAGUUGUAGGUUCCCUGACAGCCCGGAUCAACAAAGAGGAUAAUGUUAUGGCCAUCACCAUGGCUCUGCAAACAGCAUCCCAGCUUUCCCAGCAGGCUGAGCUCGGAGGAAUACUGGAAGAAAUUGAGGAUCUGACAGCUCGCUUGGAUGACCUCGGUGGCCUCUACCUCCAGUUUGAAGAGGGACUCGAAGCAACCGCCAUGUUUGUGACCGCUGCUUAUUCCCUGUCAGAUCACAUGGACAUGGAGCCUCCUAUCAAAGAGGAUCAGGUCAUCCAGCUGGUGAAUUCUAUCUUCAGCAAGAAAUCCUGGGACUCUCUGGCUGAGGCUUUCAGCGUGGCAAGCGCCGCCGCUGCUCUGUCCGGCAACCGCUUCCACGUACCGGUAGUCGUCACUGCCCAGGGCCCAGCUACUGUUUCCCACAGCCAGCCAACCCUGCAGCUCCUUGUCACUGACGUCAUGUCUCAACCACUAGACUCAGCCAACGUGGUGGUGGAAUCUGCAUACGCUGUGGCCUCGAAGACUGCCAUUCUCAACCAAGCACCAUUCACAAUUAAUGACGGCGUCUUUGAACUGAACUUCAUGUCCAGCCAGCCAGCCAGCGGAUAUUACCAGUUCACCAUUGCAGUGACCGGGGACAGCCGGCUGGUUGCCAAUCAUGUUGAGCUUAAAGUGAAGGUGUCCACAGAGGUGGCUGUGACCAACAUGGACCUCUCUGUGGUGGAUAAGGACCAGAGCAUCGGCACAAAGACCACCAGGGUGGACUAUCCUUCCAAAGCUAAGAGCUCCUUCACAGCAGACAGCCACCAGAACUUUGCCAUGUCCUUCCAGCUGGUUGACGUUAACACUGGAGUGGAGCUCACGCCUCACCAGACCUUUGUGCGGCUGCACAAUCAGAAAACUGGCCAGGAGGUCGUGUUUGUGGCCGAACCCGACAGCAAGAACCUGUACAAGUUUGAGUUGGACACAGCCGAGCGGAAAUCGGAAUUCGACUCCAUCUCCGGCACCUAUUCUCUCUACCUCAUCGUUGGAGACGCCACUUUAGAGAAUCCCAUCCUGUGGAACGUGGCCGACGUCAUUCUGAAGUUCGUGGAUGAGGAGGCGCCGGCAACAAUUCAACCUAAGACUCUUUAUGUACCCAAACCAGAGAUUCAGCAUCUGUUCAGGGAACCUGAGAAGAAGCCCUCCACAGUGGUUUCCAACACCUUCACUGCACUCAUCCUGUCUCCCUUCCUGCUGCUGCUCAUUCUGUGGGUCAAGCUCGGCGCCAACAUCUCCAGCUUCAGCUUCUCUCCGAGCACCAUCCUGUUCCAUCUGGGACACGCAGCCAUGCUGGGCCUGAUGUACGUCUACUGGACCCACCUGAACAUGUUCCAGACUCUGAAGUACCUGGCAAUCAUCGGCGGUGUAACUUUCCUCGCCGGAAACCGCAUGCUGGCCCAGAAAGCAGUGAAGAGAAAUCAGAAAAAAUAGGGGCAAGAAAAAAAGAAGAUGAGGAUUGUUUUGUUGUUUCCAUCAAAACCUUGUUUUGUUUUUUGUUUGUUUUUGAUGUUUUUUUUAAGAGAAAAUGGGACGAAAAGAGCAUGCAGUUUGUCUGUGUUGCCAAAUGGAAGAAAUUGAAAUAUCACCACGUCUCUGGGAGUCUGGAAUAACACUCAGUGCAGAGGACUGUGGAGCUACUGAUCAUUGCACUUCAUCUUCCUGUGAGAUUUGUUUUCUUAUUGUGAGCUGUUUUUGUUGCCCCCCUCAUUUUUGUUUUUUUGUUGGUACAUUCCUCUUUUUUGUCCCUCAGCUCACCUCGUAACAUUUUUUAACUGUUAAUGAACCAUAUUGGCAGUAAUACUGACACAUGGAACAUUUCUGUGGCUGUUUCCUAUUUGAUACAGAGUCGAUGUCUCUGAGAAAGUCUGUUAAUAAGUAAAAAAAAAAAAAGAGGGCAAUUUGAGGAUGUUUUUGUAAAGAAGAACAGGAAAUAAAGGUGCUGGGGAGGUCAA